AUGUGGGUUCUCGGUGGCCCUUGGCGGACAAUAAUUGCUGACGUUAAGACUGCUCGGCUUCUAUCGUCAGUAUCAGGUUUUCAUAAAUUGAAGGACCAAGUCGUUUGGGAAAUAGUUGAGCAGACAUACCAGCGAGCUGAAAGGCGACGAAGGUCCACCGCAGAAAAGGACACGGUCAAGACUCGAAUUCGGAGUGUGUUCUCGUGGCAGAGACGACAUGACGUCAAAAAACACUCCCUCAUGUGGUUCCUUGACUUUGCGUUCGUUUUGUCAGCCUAUUCCGAAUUUCAGGCCCACUUCCUUUUCUCCGAUUCGACCAUUCCCCAAAACGAUCCUGCUAGGAUGGUCCCUUUGUUGGCACCGGCACAAUUUGGUACACAUUCAAAUAGAAUGGAACAAGAGAUGUUUAAUCAUGGGUUCUUGCCAUUUUACUGCAAAGUUCCAGGUCUCACAGAUAAGGAGGUAUCGAUGGCAAGGACUUUAGCCUCCCAGUUUUGUUACAAUCUGGAUCGCCCUAUUGUUGAUAUGGACGUUGAUGUGAGAGAAACGCGAGGGAUGCCGCGCGAGGAGAAAGCGGUCGACUUUAUGACGCCAUGGCUUCAAAUGAUGUCCUCUCGCGAACAUGCAAGCGUUUGGACUUCCUUAGUGAUGCGAAUUCUAGAGGAAAAAAACACUCUCUCAGACCUUGAAAUAUUUAAGUCGGAGCUAUGUCGCUCCAUAGUAAUUGUCUUGCUGUCGGAAAUGACCAAACCAGACCAUCGCGAAGCUGGAUAUGUGUAUGAUAUUGCAGGGAGCACGGCUGUGGAGCAGAGUGAGAAGGAAUUGCUAGUGUCAUUGAGAACAGCAGGGCAAAAGCGCAAAAGAACUGUAUCAAGGAGAACUCUACGUAGUGAUCUUGAUCAACAAAUAAUGGCAUACGAGCGGAAUAUGUCUGUACAGGGCGGCCAAGCAUCUUCAUCCGCAGCAAGAAAAAGAGGGACAAGGUAGUCUGCAUUAACCUCUGCUCCGACAAAGACUCAGGGUGCAGGCUAAUCUUUCAAGAGUGAUGCGCAGUAGCUCAAUUCUUCAGUCAGAAUGCUGAAGGCUCAUGUAAAGCGGCUAAAGAAAAGUA